GUUUUUAAAAAGCUUGGAAACGGAGAAUCGACUCAUUUUGAAAUCGACUCCCAGUCUCGGACGUUUGAAUCGAUUCUGAGUCGACUCUAAUGAAUCUUUUGUAUUCGGAGAAUCGACCUUUUGGAAUCGACUCCCAGCCGUGGACGUUCGGACUCUAAUAUUACGUUAACAGCAUGGCCGAGGCGAGUAUUGAUAACGUUACACAAGUAGGAGAUUUUGCAUCCCGCGCUGCCGGUCUGGAUGGAGAUGAAAACGAAAAUGAAGAAACAUCUGAGGUUCUCCUGUGUGUACUUGUCCAUCAUGGCCAGGUCGGGCUGAGCUUCUACGACAGUAAAGACUGUAGUCUGAAUGUCAUGCCUGACACUGUGGAUAACCGGGACCUUAGUCUGCUGGACAGAAUUGUACAUGAGCUUAGCCCUCACGUCCUCAUCACCAGCGCGAAGCAGGAGAGGAGUCUGUCCCGGUUUAUCAGAGCGCUCGCAUCAAAUCCAGACUGCAGGCCGGAAAUUGUAGUUUAUCCCAACGCUAACUUCGGACUAGAGGUCAGUAAACAGAGACUGCUCGCGGCACAUCUCCCUUUUCUCCCUCAGUCCAUAACAGAGAAGGACCGACUCACAUAUCUCUCUUCCUGCAUCCCGUUUGACUCAGUGUUAAUGAUGAGGACCAUCGGAUCGCUACUGAAGUGUCUGGACAGGAGGAGAGUGGGUGUUGAACUGGAAGAGAGAAGCGUGCCGGUUCCCAUCCUGCAGUUCCUUACUUACUCACUAUCUGAUGUGGUCUACAUGGAUAAAGAUGCUUACAGUGUUCUUCAGAUCUUCAAAUCUGAGCUGCACCCUUCGGUUUACAAGCUGCAGUCAGGACAGAAGGAGGGUCUGAGUCUUUAUGGAAUCCUGAAUCGGUGCCGAUGCAAGUUUGGCUCCCGACUCCUACGACAGUGGUUUCACAGACCCACCACAGACAUGAGGGUGUUGAGAAAAAGACAGGAGGUGAUUCGGUUCUUCACCUCUCCUCAAAACUCGGACAUCAUGAACACGCUGCAAAGCUUCCUGCGCAACAUCAAAAACAUUCCGGUUUUGCUACACAAAAUGUCUCUGUCAAACAUCAAAGUGGCCGACUGGCAGAAUCUCUACAAGACGGUGUAUAGUGCAGUGGGGAUCAGAGACUCUGUACGCUCACUCCCUCAAACCGUCCAGCUCUUUCAGGAGAUCAGUGAGGAAUUUACAGACGAUCUGCACUACAUCGCUACGCUCAUCAGCAAAGUGGUGGAUUUUGAAGCAAGUCUAGCUGAGAAUCGCUUCACCAUCAAGCCGAACGUCGACCCCGUCAUCGACGAGAAGAAAAGAAGGAUGAUGGGUUUGUCAGAUUUCCUGACAGAUGUUGCGCGGGCAGAGCUGGAGAAUCUGGACCCUCGAUUUGCCUCCUGCAGCGUCAUCUACAUCCCUCUGAUCGGAUUCCUCCUUUCUGUUCCUCGACUUCCUGGUAUGGUGGAAAAGGAAAACUUUGAGAUCGAGGGUCUUGAUUUUAUUUUUAUGUCAGAGGACCGGCUUCAUUAUCGCACCGCCAGAACUAAAGAGCUGGACAACAUGCUGGGCGACCUGCACUGUGACAUCAGAGACAUGGAGACGGCGGUGAUGACUCAGCUCCAGGCCACCAUCCUGCAGCGCAGCAGCUGCCUCUACAAAAUCUUAGCGCUGUAUGCUGAGCUGGACUGCCUCAUGUCUCUAGCCCAGGCGUCUCAGGAGUACGACUACUGCUCACCCACGUACACCGAGCGCUGCACACUGAACCUGCAACACGCCCGACAUCCUCUUGUGGAGCUCUGCACACCUGUAUUCGUAUCAAAUCCCUGCAUUUGUUCUGAAACUGAGGGAAAAGUGAAAGUCAUAACAGGACCGAACUCUUCCGGCAAGAGCAUUUAUCUAAAACAGGUGGGUCUGAUUGUCUUUAUGGCUCUAAUCGGCUCUGACGUCCCUGCGAAAGAGGCUGAGAUCGGCCUUGUAGACGGCAUUUUCACACGCAUGCAGAGUCGCGAGUCUAUGUCUGUGGGCCUGAGCACCUUCAUGAUCGAUUUAAACCAGAUGGCUCAGGCUUUGAACUACAGCUCCGGAAUGUCCCUCGUACUAGUGGACGAGUUUGGGAAAGGAACCAAUACUGUGGAUGGACUGUCGCUCCUUGCUGCGUGUCUGAACCACUGGUUAAACAGAUCUCCACCUCAGUGUCCAAUUGUAUUUCUAGCUACAAACUUCCACAGUGUCUUGCAGCUAGACCUCCUGCCUCGCUCUCCACUGCUCUCCCUGCUGACGUUAGAGACCACUGUAGACGGAGGGGAGUUGAUCUUUCUCUACCAGCUGAAGGAAGGAAUUUGUCAGUCAAGUUAUGCCGCUAACAUCGCCACGCUCGCUGGCCUUCCCCGUCCUCUGGUUCAGAGAGGAGUGGAGGUGUCAGAUUUGUACAGAAAAGGGAAGACCAUCCAGAGGAUUGAUCAGCCCUCCAGUGAAGAACUGUUCACCAGAUGUGAACGUGUGGUGGAGAAGUUUCUCAGCCUCAAUCUGGAUGAUGCUUCGACGGAUCUGCAGAGCUUCUUGAACGAUGAGGUGCUUCAGCGUCUCGGGGAGGUGCUGUGACGGAGAAUCCAGAGCGAGUCAUGUACAUGACGGCUUUAAAAAACAGGCUGAGUGCCAGCGAAUCAGCACGGAAAGUUCCACAAACCAAUUAACAGCCAGCAGAGUUCGUGUUGCUCAUAUAAAGAUGUUUAAACACAAGUUAAAUUGUUCUUUGUGAAAGUUUAAACAAUGUUAGAUGUGAGGGUUCAUGAGAAAAGUUGUUUAAAAAAAAGGUAUGUUAGUAGGAGCGUUAGCAGCAUUUUAUUACAGUAUA